AUGGAAAAACAUAACGAGAAUUUUAUGGAGAAUUUAGAGAAGGCACCGAUACAAAACGAACUGGCCUCAUCUCCUCUGCAGCAAAUUGAUAAUGUUCUUAUUCAGAAUUUGGAAUACCCAUGGAAAGAUGUGGAAGAUAUGAAACCGACAGAUUUGGAGUACGAACUUUUUUGCGGUGCUUUGGAAUCAUUUUGUUCCAAACCACUGAUUGAGCUUAUUGACGACUGGACAAUUUCUAUGGAAACUAUCUUACCAACUAUUCGAAGCAGUAUACGAAUUUAUACCAAAGCUGCAUCCUGUGAAGAAAAGGUACAUGAGAUGGAUGUUGAAUUAGCAAGAUGGGUUGAAUUUGGACUUAGCUCAAGUCGUUCUACAUCGUAUGCAGGAAGCAGUCAAAUGGCUAUGAUCGGUUGUAGUCUAACCAAACAGCUAUCAGCUAUGCAUGAAAAGGAUUUGAGCGUGACAUUUUGUGCUCCCCAAUAUUUAAAUUAUAUUAUGAAUAUCAUAUCCUCCAAGCAGUACUGCUCAUCAAUCCGAUGUGAAGCUGCGCAAGCACUUCUAGACAUUCUUUUUCAUCCAUCAAUAUCCUGGAAAUUCAUGGUGACAGAAAUUGAAGGGAAUAAAUAUACACCAUACGAGCAAGUCAUACAUCUUUUCAUGAAACCAGAGGAUGUUUCGCUGGAUUUGUUAGGAGUACUUCAAAAAAUCGCAAGUUAUUUUGUAUUUAAAUACAAUAUUGAUGUUGUAAGCAACCAUGCACGAAGGUUUUUUAUGGAGGAAGAUUGUGAUGAUGUUGAUACUUCUCAGCUGUUCUCAUCCUUCAACAUUCUGAACAACUUCUUUUCGAAAAUAAGAAAUGAUUUCAGCUAUAUGUCAUGCUCUGCACAUCGGACCAUUGUGAAAAAUUGUUUAAUUCCGCAUAUUUGUGUGCAUGCUAUAUCACCUAAUCAAGAUACGAGAAUAAGGUAUUUGGCAGUUCGUUGUCUCCGAUUGCUGUGCGAUUUCGAUGGUACUGAUAUUACUGGAGCGAUUUUUCUCUCAUAUAUGGGCACACAAACAGUAUCAUUAGUUGGACGAUUAUUACAUCAAAUUUCGGAAGAUAGCAAAGAAAAGUCAUUAUUACCUUACGCAUUGCGAGCAAUCGUAUUAGUUGAUCAGUUUAUUGCUGCCGAUGAGAAGUGUAUUUCAGUAAUCGAUGCACCUGAGCGUGUAACUGUUCUACAAAAUAUGUUGCAUAUGUUAUUAGUCGAAGAAGGACGUCUUGCGAUGAUUUCCGCACUAUCAUUUGGAGAUAAUCUGAAACAUUUGUUACAUAUAUGUGAUCUUCAAAAAUCAGUAUUAAUACUCGAAGGCCAUAUCGAUGAUGACAUCAAAACGAGGUUUAGGCAAACUGCUACUUACGGAUAUUUGUGUGAAAUUCUAUUUGCCUUAGCACGAAAUCAGUCUAGUGGAAUAUUUUGGAGAAGGCAUGGUCCAGAAAUUAUUAAACUAAUCGAUUGUAACCUCAUCUCAGCUGCCACAUCAUUGAAACACUGGCUGGAACCAUUUCGGGAGGAAUUAGCACUUGGGAGAAAUAUAAAUACGUUAGAUUUCCUAACGACGAGAUUAACUUAUCACAGUGAAAAAUAUGUGGAAGGUGAUCCGCCGUUAGCAUUGGUAACUCUACUACGUCUAAUAGAUGCAAUACUGAAUGAACCGGAAAAUGUAACAUUAUUUGAUGUCCCACCCGAUGAAAUUCAUUUCGAUUACUACGCAAAAUUUUAUGGGGAUGGUGGAUUAGAAAAAAUUACACACGUAUUAGAUAUAGCAAAUUGUCAACAGAGCAAACGAGUGCAUUAUCGAUGCACCGCACUUACCGGUGAUUCAUACAUUUAUUGUCAGUUUGUUCGUUCAGCAACGAGCAUUAUAUGCAAGCUAUUAUUGUCCUUACAAACUAUCAACCAAAAUCCUGAUAAGCUGGUCAUAGAUACCUUGUUGAGGACGUAUACACUCUGUUGUAUGGAUGAAGCAUCUGGCGAUCGCAUAAUUAGAGAAAUUAUUAUAAAUUCAUUUUCAUUAUUUAUUUUUCCAACUCUGUCAGAUCGACAGAGAUUACGGAAAACUGGUCAGCAGUCAUUUCUAAAGCUUUUUUUGAAUUCCGGUUUCGAUAAACCUUCAAAUUUCUUUGCUACGUUGGAUAUUUUGCUAAAAUUAUUCCCGCUUCCGUCGGAUAUGCUGGCAAACGUUGUUGGUAUUAAUAUGCAGGAGGUAACUUCAAUGGAAAAAUUGCUGAGCGAUCGUAUUUUAGAAAACGGGAAACAGUUGCAGUUCGCAAUUAUGUUAGGUAUCUCAUCUUCGCAGCGACUGAAGCGACGUAUAUUCGACCUGUGUAAACGUUUGGCAUAUUGUUCCGAGAGUAAUGCAUUGCGUUUAAUUGAUAUUCUUAUAAAGCAGAGCUUACGAAUGUUAACGUCUUCGGCACAUACGGCUAUCGUUGAUGCUUUUGACGACGAUAUUGUUGAGGAAGAGUCAAAUGUUCGUUUUGGCAAUGCCGUUGAUCUUGUGACAGCCUCAUUUUAUGCAUUCUUGGCUAUCUGUUCCACAGAAUUUGUACUUCGAAAUUUUAUGGUUAUCAUAAUUUCCCAGCGCAAAAGUUAUAUUACUACAUUGCUGAUGUUCUUCAAACUAGCUAGCCCGAAAACUUUACCUCACGUCUCGUUCCAAACAUACGUCAUUAAAAUUUUUCGUAAUCUUUGCGUUGCUGACAAAAAUAUUGAUGGAAAAAUCGAUUGUUUGCCUAGUGAUGUCUAUAUCAAAAUAUGUGACAGUCUUGUGGAACAUUUUGGAAACAUGCAGCAUAAUAUAGAAACGAUGAUGCUGGCAUUGGAAAGUAUUUGCAGCAUAGGACGUUCUUCAGCAUUUGGUCGUGCUGUAGUUAACAAUGCUUUAAUUAGUAACGAGGGUGCUCUGCUAUAUUUUACGGAUCGUUUUUUGAUGGGAGAACCAAUCGACGAAUUACUUCUUGAAGUCGCAGCUCAGCUCGUCGAUCUUUUUGAAAACAUUUUAAAAAAAGAUUCAGUUAAAUUUGUUGCAAUGAAGUGGCAUUCUUCCAUCAAUUCCGAGCAGCAUCCUUUAGUGCGACUGAAAAAUAAAUUAACAGAAUUAAAUUGUUCAAAAGAUUUCUUGUUGAGUCUGCAAAAAGCGUUAGAUUCUUCGAUUGAAGGAGAAUCUGUUGAGGCAAUACCAGAAGACUUGGAAACUUACGAAUGGCCUGAAAAUGUGACUGCUGUUCAGCAAGUUGAUAGCCGACAAAUAACAAAUUAUCAUAUAACAAAUUUAUUAGACUUCGAUAGCAAAGAUUUUCAUAAUAGUGCUACGCUUUCCACCAUUGAUUUGAAUAUGCUCAAUGAAGAGUUUUUCCCAGAUAGUGUAUUACUUUCUGCAAAAAAAUCAACAUUUCCAGUUCAACUACAAAGUAUAAAUCCGAUACAAAAAUGGAAGACGUUUAAUUUUGAAGGUCCGAAAAGGAAACGUCCUUAUGCGAUCAAAAAAUUUUGA